GCGGGCGGCGCGGAGGGCGGCGCGGAGGGCGCGGGCCCCGGAGCCAGCGAGCUAGCGGGGCGCCGGGCUGCGGGGAGUCGGCGCCGCGGGGCGGCACCCGUCUCGCGCCCGGACACUUGAGGGGCGCCGAGCCGGCAGGAGGCCAAACCAGCAGUUCCUACCAUCCCACUGGCUGCCACUUGGAGCCCACUCAGACCAGCCUGACCAAUGUCCACAGCCAGGGAGCAGCCCAUCUUCAGCACACGGGCACACGUGUUCCAGAUCGACCCAGCCACCAAGCGGAACUGGAUCCCCGCGGGCAAACACGCGCUCACUGUCUCCUACUUUUACGAUGCCACCCGCAAUGUCUACAGAAUCAUCAGUCUUGGGGGUGCCAAGGCUAUCAUCAACAGCACUGUCACUCCCAACAUGACCUUUACCAAAACCUCCCAGAAGUUUGGACAGUGGGCAGACAGUCGCGCCAACACUGUCUAUGGUCUUGGCUUUGCUUCUGAACAGCAUCUGACUCAGUUUGCUGAGAAGUUCCAGGAAGUGAAGGAAGCAGCAAGGCUGGCACGGGAGAAAUCUCAGGAUGGGGGAGAGCUCACCAGUCCAGCGCUGGGGAUCACUGCCCACCAGGUGCCUCCGAGCCCCCUCGUCAGCGCCAAUGGCCCCGGCGAUGAGAAGCUAUUCCGCAGCCAGAGCGCGGAUGCCCCGGGCCCCGCUGAACGCGAGCGGCUCAAAAAAAUGCUGUCCGAAGGCUCCGUGGGCGAGGUGCAGUGGGAGGCCGAGUUCUUCGCGCUGCAGGACAGUAACAACAAGUUGGCCGGUGCCCUGCGAGAGGCCAACGCGGCCGCCGCCCAGUGGAGGCAGCAGCUGGAGGCCCAGCGCGCAGAGGCUGAGAGGCUGCGGCAGCGGGUGGCUGAGCUGGAAGCCCAGGCCGCGGCAGAGCCACCUUCAGCCAGUGAGAAGGAGGGACCCAGCCAGUCCUUGGACCAGCUGGAGGCGCUAGUGCAAACUAAAGACCAGGAGAUCCAGACGCUGAGGAGCCAGACUAGUGGGUCCCGUGAGGCCGCAGACACCGAACGUGAGGAGACACAGCAGAAGGUGCAGGACCUGGAAACCCGAAACGCAGAGCUGGAGCACCAGCUGCGGGCCACAGAGCGCAGCCUGGAGGAGGCCCGAGUCGAGCGGGAGCGGGCACGGGCUGAGGUGGGCCGGGCCGCGCAGCUGCUGGACGUCAGGCUGUUUGAGCUGAGCGAGCUGCGGGAGGGGCUGGCCCGCCUGGCCGAGGGCGCACCCUGAGUCCAGCCUCCGGGUCUGCAUAGAGGAAGGGGCCUGUGGGAGCUGGUUUUACACAAACGGUUCCCGCCUGGGGCACAGGCCAGGCCGCAGGCGGCACGGUGGGCCAAGCCCCCUGGCAGCGACUGGGGCCCAGCUCAGCCUGGGGAGGGCUUGUCCACAGGACUCCAGCCAGCCCUGGCUGUUCACAGCUCAGAGGCUGUUUUUGAGCUUUUCAUUGUGUAGAAUUUCUAGACUCCCCAGGGCGUGUGCUAGUGCCCAAAUUACAUUUCUGAGCGUG